AUGUCAUACAACAAAUACGAUCUUCGGGAUGAAUACCCAUCACGCCGCCGGCACCACUCACCAACGUACUCCGACCUAAGCGUGGAGAGUCCAGAGUACAGCCCAACAAGAGACGCCGGUGCCGUUCGCGUCGCACAGAAACACUACGAAUCUCCCGACCGCAGAGGUCGUGUCGAAGUGUACGAAGAAGACCGAUACAGACCCAGGAAUCGAGACUACUACUACGAAGAAAGGCGCCCGCGGUCGCGACCCAGAUCCGAGGUCUACCACUCCGACCGCAGCCACCACAGUCACAGACAUGGAUCUGGACAUGGAGACCAUCGCCACCAUAGCCACAUACACAGCAGAAGCAAGCGGAGGCAUUCCACCUCCGGGCCCAAUUGGGGCCAGGCCGCCGUUGCAGCUGCUAGUGCCGGUAUCAUUGAGGCUGGACUAGCGCGGCAUGAUAGGGACCGGACUGCGAGAGUCAUGACGGCGGCGGCGGGAGCAGGGGCGAUUGAUGCCGUCGCUGGAAAGCAUGGAGAGAAGCCGCACAGGACUUGGGAGAAUGUUGUUGGAAGCACAGUGGGUGGGUUGGUCGUUGAUCGGAUGGCUCAUGGUUCGGGACGGCGGCAUUGA